UCACACUUGAUGUCGUUUUCUACAUCAAAACGACGCAGUUUUAAUGUUGAAAAAAUCAUUGUUAGAAGAAAAAAAGUGGGCUCUCUAACAGUUCACCACCGACUCCAUUACCACAUGGCCACCAAAUCAACGCCCCAUGAAGAAGACCCCUCAUCUGAACCCCAACCGCCGCCGCCGACAGCACCGCCACCGCCGGUAAAGUCCGAAACUCCUGUUGCCGAUUCCACAAACAUCUCCUCACAGCCAACACCACCUGCCGCAACCUCCAAUCCCUUACCUCCGGAACCAACUCCAAUCCCCGAUCCUGUUGUUGCCCUCGUCCCCAGCUACUCAAGAUGGUUUUCUUGGGAUACUAUACACCAAUGUGAGGUUAGGUUUCUCCCGGAGUUUUUCGAUUCGAGGAAGAACCCUGGGAUCUACAAGUACUUGAGAAACUCCAUUGUUAAGUAUUACAGAGCUGAUCCUUCGAGGAAGAUUACCUUUACUGAAGUCCGGAGGAUUCUGAUUGCUGACGUUGGCUCUGUUCGUAGGGUUUUUGAUUUUUUAGAAGCUUGGGGUUUGAUUAAUUACUCGCCUUCUGUGAUUAACAAGCCUCUCAAAUGGGAGGACAAGGAUUCCAAAGCCAAUUCUGGUAAUGCUUCUCAGGGUGGGGCUUCCAAGGAUGAGAGCUCUAAGAGGAUUUGUAACCAUUGCAAGUCUGUUUGUAGUAUUGCCUGCUUUGUCUGUGAUAAGAAUGACACGACUCUCUGUGCUCGGUGCUAUGUCCGGGGGAACUAUCAGCUUGGCGGUGUAAGCUCUUCUGACUUCAGGCGUGUUGAGAUCAAUGACAAUUCAAGGGCUGAUUGGAUGGAGAAAGAUACCCUGCAUCUCUUGGAGGCAGUGAUGCAUUAUGGAGAUGAUUGGAGGAAGGUAGCUCGGCAUGUGGGACGAGGAGAGAAGGAAUGCGUCUCUCAUUUCAUCAAGCUUCCUUUUGGUGAGGAGUUUAUUGGUUUUGCAGAUUCCGAGGGUGUCGAUGAUGACAAGAAUAAUCCGCUCAACAGUCACGACGAUGAUGAAUCUUGUGCCUCUUCAAUGGCUAAAAGGAUGCGUCUUUCACCCCUUGCUGAUGCUAGCAAUCCAAUCAUGGCUCAAGCAGCCUUUCUGUCAGCUUUGGCCGGUGUGGAGGUUGCCGAAGCUGCUGCUCGAGCUGCUGUAACAGCCCUUUCUGAUGGGGAUUAUGGAUCAGUUAGAAAUGAUCUACGAUCUCAUAUGAAAAAUCUCAUACAUAACGAAGCUGUUGUGACAUCCAACGAAAACACUGCCAGCGUAAAUGCAGCCGAGGUAGCUUUGGCAGACGCAAAAUCACAACUCGAGAAGGAAGAGCGGGAUGUUGAAAGAUCAAUUUCUGGAAUAUUAGAAGUGCAGAUGAAAGAGAUCAAAGAUAAGAUCGAUCGGUUCGAGGCCUUGGAUCUGCGGAUGGAGAAAGAGUGGCAACAGUUGGAGCUUAUGAAAAAUAUGCUUUUUGUUGAUCAGCUUACGAAUUUCUUUCAUAAAGGUUCUGUACAAAAUGCUGGAGAGCGAACAGAACAGAGUAGUGUAAAAACAGAUUGAUAUAUUGUAAUGGUUAGGUGCUUUUGUCCUAUAA